CCACGAUGCGCAGAUGGAGCAGACUAUUGUCCCACCUCUGACGGGUACUACGUAGUAUGCGUAGCCGGCGUUAGUGAAUGACUGCCUUUCCUAAAUUGACGUAACCAGACGGUGUAGUACCGAGCGGAGAGGAGAUGCACACGGCACUCGAGUGAGUGCAUGUUUCAGAUGAGUUCAAAAACCCACUCACACAGUAGCACCUGGACUGGGGGGCCAAGCAGGAGGAAGCAUAUUACAGGGGCCAAAAGCGAGGAGACAAUGCGAGUCCACGUGCACACCAAGUUCUGUUUCCUCUGUGUGCUCACCUUCCUCUUCCACCAGUGCAACCACUGCCACGCAGAAGAUCACAGCCAUCAGCACAGUGGGCAUCACCAUAACGACCACAACCAUGCCCACAGCGACCUGCAGAUUUCUGAGGCUCCAUACACGAAGGGACCCACUACAUCGCCACAGUCCAAGACUCCCAAAGGAGACACUCUAGAGGAGGAGCAACGCUACUACAUCCAGCAGCUCUUCAGGCGCUACGGUCAGAAGGACCGGCUAGAUUUCCAGGGAUUUCAGAGUCUGCUCUUUAGCUUGGGUCUGGGUGAGUUGAAGGUGGUCGAUAUGGAUCAUGAGGAUCUGGGUCAUGACCAUGUAGCCCAUCUCGACGUGCUAGAUUUGCAGGAAGGGCUUCACUCACACACAUCUACCAACGGAGGCCAUGAUCAUGGUCACACACACGGUCAUCAUCAUCCACACCACAAGCCUGGCUCCCGCCAUCUGCCCACAGAACAGGAACCCACAACGAGCAGUCAGCAGACGACUGCUGCUGGUCCCACUGCUGGUGCACCCAUAGGGGAUGGCCAUAAACAUGACGCAACGCAUCAUGACCAUGAUCACACCAAGGUAAAAGGUAGACACCAUAAACAUUCAGACGGACAUGUGAAGAAUGCACAUGACAAAGAGCACAAGCAUGAGCAGGUACAGUCUGUCCAUAAGGACCUAACUUCUCAACCUCAUGAUGAUCAUGACCACAGUGAUCAUGACCAUGGUCAUCAGGACCAUGACCAGGAACACAAUCACGUUAAUCAAGUACAGACCAGCACAGACAUUCCUCCCAUAACCCAAGAACAGCUGCCACCUCUAACCUCGUGGCCGUCCCAAGACCCUCAGGAGUCUUCUACUCCGACAGAGAGUCGAACCAAGAAGCCCAGAAAUCCAUCACGGGUCAGAGGACAGCGAGGACGAAACAAAACCACUUCUACUCUCAUACCUCCAUCUGACAAUCAUAACCACGAACAUGAACAUGGACAUGGACAUGGACAUGGACACGGACACGGUCACGGUCACAGUCAUUCUCAUAAAGAUAAGAGAGAAGCUCCAGGAGAGCUUGACACCCCCACGUUGCCAGUCCCCAUCGUUCCAGGACAUCCAAGUGGAUAUUUACACCAGCAUGAGGAGUGUUUGAACCUGACUCAGCUCCUCGACUACUACGGCCUGAGUCCUCACUCGCUCAUCUCUCCCAGCCAGUUCACCUACCUGUGUCCGGCCCUGCUCUACCAGAUAGAUAGUCGUGUUUGCAUCCGCCAUUACCACAAGGUGGUCGAGCAGGAAGCCUUGGAGUCUAUCGAUACUGUGUGGAUUUGGGUCGCGGGCUUUGUGUCCAUCACGGUCAUCAGCCUGCUUUCCCUGCUGGGCGUGGUCCUCGUGCCCAUUCUCAACCAGGGCUGUUUCAAGUUCCUGCUCACCUUCCUGGUGGCGCUGGCAGUGGGCACGCUCAGCGGCGACGCCCUCCUUCACCUGCUGCCUCAUUCUCAAGGGCAGCACAACCACAGCAAUCCUCACACAAACCAGGACACUGAUCUGCUAACAGAAUUUGACGGCGUUUGGAAGGGACUUACAGCGUUGGCCGGCAUCUACCUCCUCUUCAUCAUCGAACACUGUAUCGGCAUGUUUAAGCACUACAAAGACCAAAGGAGCGCGAAGAAGGCGAGCGAGGAGGGAGCGAUUGGCAGGAAGCUGUCGGAUCACAAGUUAAAUCGUCGCUCAGACGCAGAGUGGCUGCACCUGAAGCCGCUCAAUGAAGACCCCGACAGCAGUGCCGUCUCCUGUGACAACGGCUACAACGACACACAGCUCUCGGAUCUCCAGCCACCCGACUCUCCCACCAACAAGACGCCACUGACGCCUGCGCAGCCUCAGCACGACCAACAGUCGCCCAGCAAGGACAACCAACAUAAGGCCAAGAAACACAGUCAUAGACACUCGCACGGCCACUCUCAUGGCGGGAACUGCCACUCGGACCAGGAGAUGAAGGACGCUGGUAUAGCGAGCAUUGCCUGGAUGGUCAUCAUGGGUGAUGGCAUGCAUAACUUCAGUGAUGGCCUGGCUAUAGGUGCAGCGUUCAGUGCAAACAUGACAGGAGGCAUCAGCACAUCAGUGGCUGUUUUCUGUCACGAAUUACCUCAUGAACUUGGUGACUUUGCGGUGCUGCUGAAAGCCGGGAUGUCGGUGAAGCAGGCAAUCGUCUACAAUCUGCUGUCCGCCCUCAUGGCCUAUGUUGGAAUGCUGAUUGGCACAGCUGUGGGACAGUACACACACAAUGUCACCAACUGGAUCUUCGCCAUCACAGCCGGCAUGUUUCUGUAUGUGGCUCUGGUGGACAUGCUGCCAGAAAUGCUCCACGGGGACAGCGAGGACCACAAGCGCUGUCAGCUGGGACACUUUGUCCUGCAGAACCUGGGCAUGCUGACCGGGUUCAGCAUCAUGCUGCUCAUCGCCAUCUUCGAGGACCAAAUCGUUUUCGACUUUGGCUUUUAACAGAGGGGAGCGAGGGCGGAAAACUGGCCGGAUGUUUUGCCGCCGCUCCUCUUUCGCCUUAACUAACACGCUUUGUUUGCAAUGUAACGGGGCCCAGUCAUGCAUGCGAUGUGAGUCUUGAUCAUGAACCGUGCCUCCCAUUUCAAACGGUGGUUUAUGCAUAUCCCAUGACUCUGCUUAGUGAUGUUUACACUCGCCAUCUUGUCUCCUCCGUCACUUCCAGUCUCUGUGUUGCUUUUAGGAGCGAGGCUCCACCCCCAACCACACAAAAGCAGCCACCUCUGCUCUUAAAAAUGCAAACUUUGGAAAAAAAAAAAAUAAAUAAAGAGCUCUGGACAGUCAGGUGGUGCUGGACCCGGCGUCUCACCACCUGUCCAUCAUCAUCAUCGUCACCACCUGUCGCAUGUCGUCGUCGUAGCCGUCCAUCUUAUCCGUGCCGUGCUGUCGUCCACGUCUUCACACAUCUGUGUACGUCACUUGUCUCUGUCUUGUUUGACGUCACCGCGCUGCGUCCCAGACAUGUGGCGCGUGUGUGUGUGUGUGUGUGUGUGCGUGUGCCACAGCUGCACUGCAUGCCAUCGCAGUGUCGACAAAGAGACGCAGACCUAGCGUCUGCUUGCCAACACAUCUGGAAUACAAACUUUAGCUAAACCGGGAGAGUGUUCCUCUGAAUUUCCCACAUGGCUCAGUGUUAUUUCUUUAAUGCUGCAACUUUCCCCCAAUGUAUUACUUUUCAGUUGUUUGUCUAAAUAGACUUAUUAUAUUAAAACCUAGUUCAUAGUCAUAACUAACAGCUGCCAAAGCAUUUACUAGCCUUUACAUGACCUUUUUUUUUUCUUCCCAGACAUCAAAUGUCUGUAAAAAAAAAAAAAAAUUUAAUGGUUGACAAUCUGUAGCCAAGUACGACACAUCCGUUAUUACUUUCUCUCUUGUUUUGAGAAUCACAGCAGCUUCAAAAAAAAUGUGAAGGACUAGAUGUAUUUCUUAUGUUCAUCAGGAAGUGUUGUAGUUUACUAGAUUAUUAUUCAGGAUCGCCUCUUCCUGAAAGGUGCUCUGCAUUUGGACGGUCCGAAUAGUACAGCAGUACGUGUAGUACGGUAACCGUAGAAGGCGGAGUUGUCACACCCGAUACAGGUAUCAGGAAGUACUGUAAAUACGUGAGAUCUUUAUCGUGUCAGUAGCUUAGCGGCUCUGGAAGUUCUUCUGUCAAACAAUCGUCAAACUUCCCGACAGCGGAUCAGAAAAAUACACUGUGUGCUUUCGCCUCAGCAUGUCCCCGCACUUGAAAUGUCAAACCACAUUUAAUUUUAAAUUUUUUUUUUGUUUUGUUUUUUUCCCCGAGUAUUCCUCGUGUAAACCGUGUCAGCGCUUGACACUAAGCCCCUCCCCUUCUCCUCCCCACAUCCCUGACAUUCCAUUGGCUGUGGUGCGGCUCACAUGCUAAGCUAGCCAGCCUAGCCUAAGCUGGGAAACGCGUGUCUUCAUUUAUGCUGUCACUGUGUGACAUCCGUCGUCUUAUGUCUUUAACUGGCUGUAAAUCAUUGUCAGUGAUUCUGAGGUUUCAUGGAUCUGACUGAAUCAUGCAUGAAGCAUGAGUGGAAGGGUACAGACAUUAUUGUCUCGAGUUUUUUUCUUUUCUUCCUUUAUUGACAACCUUUGUUACUUUUAAAUGAAGUCUGUGUGUGAAGAUUGCGGUGUGUUCUUUGGGCCAUAGCGUGUGUCAAUCACGUUGGGAAACUUUCUUUGGGAAAAAAAUAGUAAAUGUGAAGGUGGCAGAAUAUCGGUGCCUCGAAAAUGGGACUCUUGAACUCGUGUUUAUCACGUGGGAAGUUCUGAACGUGCCAAGUACAGAGUACAGGCGGAGGAAAAAUAGUCCAUUUGGAAAUGGCAAAACAGACAUUGUUGAUGUUUUUUGACAAACGCAACACAUCCUGUACACGUUUCAGACUCUAGCUUUUCAGUUCCCCUAAAUCCGUUCAUACUUGCAGGACCAACCAGACGGAGCAGCUUCCGAACAGUCCCGGCAUUUAGUUAUGUACGUACAGAGGCAUAUUUGAAAUUCUGUUAUUUUUGGCAUGUUCAGAAGGUAAACUGUAUGUCAAACAUACAGCUAUGAAAAACACAAGCUCAUUGGUAAGCACCGUAUAUCACAUAUCAUCACCAGACUCUUCUUUAUCAUUGACAGACGUUGACCUAAUUUUGUCGUUUUUACUACAAAACCUUUUUUCUUUUUUUAAACCGGGCCUGAAUGUAAAUUCACUCUGUGAAUUCACAUGUGAAUCAUUAAGACAAUUCACAUUGUUCAUGAUUACUUUGUUACUAAACUGUCACGAAGGAUUGACACCCAGCGAGAUUCUAUGCCCCCCCCAAAAAAAAAACAAAGUGUCUUCACAGUUUAAUGGGAAACAAGCUGUCCGUAAAAAAAAAUAAAAAAUGAAAGUCUGUGGUUGUUUGCAUAUUUGCUUUUGUUGUAUGUUCAUUUGUUUAGUGAUCUGGAUAUAAACUGUAAAAUGUGACAUCCAUGCUGUUUGCCUGUUUGUGCAUUCUCUCCACUGUGAGAAGAAAAUAAACUCUGUAAAAGAUCUCCAA